AUGAGCAAGCAAAAAAGCAAGAAUGAGGACGAGCCUGAUCCAAAAGUCGAGAUGUCUGUUGAAGAAAAGCUUAGCCAAAUGGUCAGACUCUUUAGUAAAAUCGACACUACGGAAAGCUACGAUCCGUUGAGCAUCGUUCUCGGAUGUCUCUCCACUGCUGGCUACCAUCGUGCACGACUCAUACAUCUCACACCAUUUGAUCGAGUUAUCGGAGGGAUGCAACACAUUCUCAAAAUCCUGUGUCCAGAAGUUCACAAAGGAUACGCGUGGCACUUCCAAGAAACUGCAUUGCCGAAGACUGAUAAAGUUAGAGCCAUUGAAUCAGUGCAAAUACUGAUGGCUCUCAAAAAGUUAGACUGUCCGCAUCACUUUCUCCUUGGACAUAUGCUGGAGGAAAAAUAUGAACUCUUCGCACCGGUCGUCGAUUGGUGUAUCACACAGAUGCAUGCAGCAGCCAUUGAGCACGAAAACUACGCUGAGUAUUCACAGUUUUUUGGGAUGGACUAUGAGAGCAAAGAAGAAGCACAGAAGGCGUUCACGUUGGCUCUCCGCUUACCACAUCUAACUUAUCGAAAUCCUAGCGCUCGUAUGGAACUCUUCCAUCCCACUAUUAUUCGUGAUAUAGUGGCGAACGGAAGUGUUGUACUCAAUGAGUACAUCCAUUAUGCGAAAACUGGACAACAAAUAUACCCAAGAUGGUAUUCCUCGGACCCUGCCAAGUACAAACCAGAAGAUAGAAAGCCGGUCCAUCCUCUGGUCACCGAGCCUGAUCGUGUAAAGCUUGUAGCUAUCAGUAGACAGUAUGCUAGAGAGAUGACUCCGGAAGCCAGAAGAACAAUGGACUCUCUACUUGAAAUUAUCGAUAAGAUGGACAUCGCAAACAUAAUUCUUGAUUGUGACGAACGUCUUCAUGCGGAAGCAGACCGUUAUUAUGAGUCGUACCGGAAGCACGAUGAACUACAUGAUGAUUACAAUAUGCUGCAAAGACGCAUUGACGAGUUUCCCUCUGGAAAUCUAGACGUAAUGACUAAGACGUUCAAGAACAUGAACUCACGAACGGACAAAAUCAAGAGCAUUCUUGCUAAAGAAAUUACCGCUACAAAUGAAAAGAUUAAAACGCUCAACGAAAAGGACGACAAAGGGUUGAAUGUGAAGAAUUGUCCUGCCAAGAAAGACGAAGCCGAGAAGUUGAAGUUAUACUGUUCUGAUAUGACAAUGAGAGUGGCUGAUCUUUCACAAAAGAAUAAACAUCUUCGUGACACAUAUGGGAAGUGGAAGGAAUUCAUAAUGAAACUAAGAGCGUUGCCACCGGUGAAUAAGAGCAAGAAACCUGAUCCUAACGUCCCGGAAUUCCCGGAAAUCGACAACGGAAUUGCCGAUAAGCUCAACGCUCUGAACAACGAGGUCGGCAUCAAUAGUCUUGAAAAACUCACAAGCCUUCCUCGCACCAGCGCGAAAGACGAUAUUUUGUUGCGGGAUUCUUACAUGGCGUUCACUGGUGAUGUUAUCCUCACCCUUCAAGAUUAUUAUUGGAAAGCAAAGUUGAUGUAUGAUGAACGACGUGAAAUGUGCAGAUACAGAGACGGUUUGGCCGAUCAUGUUAAAGUUCUCCAGCAACGUCUUAAAAGUAAGAGGGAAGAAAGUCCAUUGCUCAAAGACUUCACGGCUAGUCUCAACAAAAUGAAAAAUGCUCUGGAAAUGAACGAAAAAGUGAUGGCACCCGUUAAGACAAAGUAA